AUGUCACGUCCAUCGUAUGAGAUUGAUUACAUCGAUUUUGAGCCAUGCAAUGAUUGCUCUUCUGGACCCAUUUAUGUUCUUGCAGUCGACUCUAACGCUUCCAAGAAACAUUUAUCAUCACAAAGUCGAAAUCGUGAGAGAUUUCUUGAAGAUCCAAUCACUCAAAUGAUUCAACGGUUGGAGGAAGAAGACGAGAAAGCAGCGUUCCGUGAACGUGAUCGAAGUCGAUUUCGGACAAAAGAUUGGCAUCCAGGAUUGAAUCAAUUGUGGUCGAUGAAAUAUCAACCAAAAAGUUAUCUAGAUCUCUUGACUGAUGAAGGUAUCAAUCGAAGUGUUCUGAAAUGGUUGAAAGAAUUCGACAAGAAUUCCGGAACAUGGAAAGAUCGCGAUCAAACAAUCCAACAAUCUUCCGAUAAAGUCCCUCCGAUGGUUUCAUCAAAAGCCAAAGAAAUGAAUGAAGCAGGAAAUAAUGCGCCGAUUCAAGAGUCUAGCGCGAUAUCACCGCUUCUUCUAAUCGCUGGACCUCCCGGUGUGGGAAAAACCACAUCCGUCCACAUAUUAGCGCGACAGGCGGGACCAAGUAUUCUUCUACUGGAUGAGGUGGAGGGUUGCGACCGCGAUGCAGUGGAUGCUUUGGUGAAACUUUUAGAAGAGAAAGAGAAAAACGGGAAACCCAAAAUCAAGAGGGCUUCAUCAAAGGGUUUAUUUUGUAGAUUGACCGAAAUUUGUGUUGGAGAGGGCGUUGAUGUUGAUGGAUCCUGUUUACCCAAAUUGAUCCAUUUUACAGAUGCAGAUAUUCGUUCAACUCUGAACUCUUUACAAUUGAUUGCGAAAACGUUUAGAGCAGAAGGGAAGAGACUCUCUGGCGAAGAUAUUGAAACAUUUUGGGAUGAUCUUUAUCAUGAUCGCGAUAUCGGAGAGCUUGAAGUCAUUCAAAGAUUGUUUACAUCACCAGCAACCAAACAGACAGGAAGAUCUAAGUAUGCUUUAAAGUCUUUCAAGGACAUGGGACAAGAUGUUGAUUUCAACAUCCUUGCUGUUACAUUGCAAGAUAACCUUGAGAAAGUCAGGAUGUGCCGUUCUUCUGAUUGUUUAUUGUGUGAUUCAGGUUUCGUUUCCAGACGCUUGCCAAGACAAGAUCGCUUAUUUUUGCGGUAG